AUGAUAAAUUCUUUUUUAUUUGUUUCAGCGGAUACUAGUUUCCAAUAUGACGCAAUUCGAGCCUACCUUAAGGAGCUAGACGUAACAGAUUUGGUGUGGAUCGGCCUGUCGAAAUCAAUAGACAAACCUGGUUUCACUUGGAGUGACUUGAAUCCACUAACGGGUGAAGGACAUUGGCAGAACGCCAUACCUCAGUCGCAACAAUCCAUGUGUGUCGCCAUGGAUCCCGCUUCCGAUUUCCUUUGGAGAACCUUGCCCUGUGGUGGACCUGACGCAGCGUCUUUCAUAUGCGAGUUGCCAAGUAAGGAAUUAAAACACGCAUCAACUUUAAUCACCCAUAGUAGAUAA